AGACAAACUAUCUGAUCCUUCUUACUUUGGAGACACCAGCUGGUCCUUCUUACUUUGGAGACACACUGUCUGGACCUUCUUACUUUGGAGACACACUGUCUGAUCCUUCUUACUUUGGAGACACACUGUCUGGUCCUCCUUACUUUGGAGACACACUAUCUGAUCCUUCUUACUUUGGAGACGCACUAUCUGACACACUGUCUGGUCCUUCUUACUUUGGAGACACACUAUCUGAUCCUUCUUACUUUGGAGACACACUAUCUGAUCCUUCUUAUAUUGGAGACACACUGUCUGGUCCUCCUCACAUCAGAGACACACUAUCUGGUCCUUCUUACUUUGGAGACACACUAUCUGGUCCUUCUUACUUUGGAGACACACUAUCUGGUCCUUCUUACUUUGGAGACACACUAUCUGGUCCUCACAUCGAAGACACACUAUCUGAUCCUUCUUAA